CGAUGUAGACUUGAUCAAAAAAAUCGCCUGGGUGAGAUUGUGCAGGCGAUGGGGAAGAAGUUGUCGACUCCCACUCGAGGCUCCAAAGAUAAGAAGAAAAAUCAUUGUUCGUAAGAGGACGUGUUCGAUCAGCUCAUGGAGUGGAGUUCCGUUCACAUUGAUGAGCUGAUGUCAAAGUACGGCCCCGACGAACAAUCGUCUGGCCAUGGGGGUUCAUGCGGACAAGGAUCGGACGCAACGGCGACACCAAAGUCGCGAGGCGGCAGACCUCGCAGUGACGCAUUGAAAUGGCGCGUCGACAAGCCAGGAUAUUUGGAUAAUGGUCCGAUGUUUGAACUAUUGAGCGUGAGGGACCAAAUGGCCAUGUGGGAUGCUAAAGCAAGACCAGAUGUCGCUUUCACUGAGCCGGUCAAACUUCUACCGAUUCUCGGGAUGUUCGAGCAAACGUGUCCUCGGCACGGGAAAGACGUUGAGGUGACGAUCAAGAAGAUCCAUUAUCCAUGUCACAUUUGCAAGUUGCAAUUCGAGAGCGGGAAAGGGUGCACAUGGCACUGGAGUUCUGCGAAGGUUGUUUCACCGGGCGGGGUGAAAAAUUCGAGGGUUGAGACUCAAUUGUUCCACUCCACUUUGACUGCGGGAAUGACUUACACUCAAUUGAAUAACCUCCUGCGGGGCUUAGGGAUGAGGAAGGUCAGGAAAGAAACUUUCUACAAGUUUUUUCGUGAUGACGGCCCAGGUUCCCGACAAUGGCUGCGACACGUCGAACAGGUUACUCAAAAGAGCUUCGACAACGUCAUCGCGCGAUUGCGUAGGUUGAACGAUCUGGUCGUCGUUUUGGUUGACGGGCGUUACGAUUCAUCUUGUGACGCUCAGCAUUGUACGGUGACGGCGGUGGAUUUGAAGUCAGGAAUGAUCGUGGGGACGGAGACCAUGCUCCGGGGGAACGAGUCAUCAUGGAAGCUGGAGACACAGUGUGUUGAGAAACUGCUACAUCGGUUGAAGGACGAGAAGAACCUCAUAAUCGCAGAGGUUGUGCAUGAUGAUUGUGGCGCGUUUCACGUUAUAUUGUGGCAAAUGAACAUUGACUUACAAAAGUGUAUGUGGCAUAAGGCGAAGACUUUGGUCAAACGUUUGCGAGAGGCUGUGCGCGGCACGAAGACUGUCAAACCAGCUGCAGUCGGGGCUUGCGAGCAUAUGCGCGAGGUGAAGUGUUUCACAAAGAAGGAGCUUGAACUUUGGCUCGAAUCGAAAUGUGUACACGUGGCAGAGGUGUCCACGAGAAAAAAGGAUGAACUCGUUGCGAUUGUUUGGGGCGUCCUCUUCCCUGACGAAGCAGGGAAAGUGUUGCCAGAUGAUGUCGUCGAGAUCGACGCGUUGCAAACACUGCAUUGCAAUGCGGCGGAGGAGGCGAAGGAGUGGUUGUACGGCGCUUGCAGGCUGCGCGUGCGCGCAAAGGAUGAUGAUGGCGAUGUUUUGGCCACACAUGUGCAACACCUCGCCGAUCAUUGGGUCGGGGAUCACUCCUGUUGCGAUAAGGAGUUGUCCAACCUGUGCAAAGCGGCUGGGGGUGCGGACAGGGAUCCAUUGUACGAGGCGGGGGGCAUGUUCAUUUCGCCGUCGUGCGCUGUCUUUAACACUUCGCUUCGAAUACGGAGAUGGCGUACUACACACGUGCGAGGAUGACCUUCAACAACGAGUGCUUCCACUGCGUGAUCAACAUGUACGCAACGAAACGUUUGAACUUCCCCAAGUCGUAUGAGGCGCGCGUGUGUUGCACCGCUUUGGAGUGGAACAAAAACAAACGAAUCAG